GCUGUCAGCUCAGUGCCUUUAAACAGUCGUUUAUGAAAAUAAAUACAUUUCUUCUAGUGAAAUAGUUAGUUUAAUUAGUGUCCAAAAAUGAAGUUUAACAAAAGACCUCUUGGUCGAAUAAAAAGUGAAAUAUUGGAUAAGUUUUAUUCGUCUUUUUCUGGUGGUGUGUCUUCUAUGUUGAGCACUGAUUCCCGCGCGGAGGCGGACGGCGGCGGCGACGGGCUGGACCUCGGCAGCCGCUCGUCGCUGCACUCCGGCCUGCACGUCACAGAGGACGAGCACUGGGAGAUGAACUACCAUGAGGCGGCUAUUUACUUGGAGGAAGGCCUGAACAAUGAGAAGUUCGACUCGCACCCGUCGUCCCCGGAGGAGCUGCCGGCGUACCUGCGCGUGCACAACCCCUGGUACCACGGGCUCGACCUGCUGGCGUCCCUCGUGCUCAUACUGCUAGCGUUCACUGAGGACCCCGCCGUGCCUAUGUUUAGGUUGCCGGUGUGGGCGCACGGCACGGUGGAGCUGCUGUCGCUGGCAGUGAUCGGCGUGGAGCUGCAUCUGAAGCUCAAGUGGAUCGGCUGGACUACCAUUCUCAAACACAAGAGAACUAUGAUUAAGGGUGUAACUCUACUAAUAAUGGUGCUAGAGGCAGUGGUGGUGCUGUGCCGACAGUCCUCUCACUUCCGCGUGUCGCGCGCGCUGCGGCCGAUCUUCCUGGUGGACACGCGGCACUGCGGCGGCGUGCGACGGUUUAUUAGACAGAUACUGCAGUCGCUACCGCCUAUAUUGGAUAUGUUAGGUCUGCUAAUGUUCUUCGUGGCGACGUACUCGCUGCUCGGCUACUACCUGUUCUCGGAGCACGCGGACAACGGACACUUCCAGACCAUCAGCGACUCCUUCGUCAGCAUGUUCGUGCUGCUCACCACCGCCAAUUUCCCGGACGUGAUGAUGCCGUCGUACGCCAAGUCCAAGUGGUACGCGCUGUUCUUCAUCCUCUACAUCAUCACCGUGCUCUACGUGCUUAUGAAUUUGAUGCUAGCGGUAGUCUACGAGACGUUCACCCGCAUCGAGCGCGACAAGUGCCGCGCGUUGCUGCUGCACCGGCGGCGCGCGGCGCGGCACGCCUUCCGCCUGCUGGUGUCGAGGAGAGCCCCCGACGCGGUGAGGCUGAGGCACUUCGCGGGGCUGUGCCGGCAUUACGCGCCGCAUAAGUGUGGGCUGGAUGUGUACCUGAUGUUCAAACAUCUGAAUAUAUCUGGCACCGGCGGACUUUCACGGGCAGAAUUCGCUUCCAUUUACGAGGUGUUCGGCCUCCACUGGGCGCCGCAGGAGGCGCGUGCUCCGUGGUACAGCGCCACGCCGCUGGAGCCCGCCGCCGCGCUCGCCGCCAAGGCCGUGCGCUGGCCAUACUUCGAGCAUCUCGUCUACGCGCUGAUAGUGCUGAACGGGCUGGCGCUGGUGCUGCGCGUGCUGCAGGCGGCGGGCGGGCUGCAGGACCGCGCGCGCCUGCUGUGCGCCUCCUGGGACACCUGGCUCUUCCUCACGCUGUUCCUAAUAGAGGCGGGUCUGCGCGUGACGGCGUCGGGCGCGCGCGCCUACCUCGAGAGCGGGUGGAACGUGUUCGACCUCAGCGUCACCAUCCUCGCGCUGGUAGGCGCCGCGCUGCUCACCGUGGCGCCUAAACUCUUCAUUGUAGUCAUAUUUAGGCCUUUGAGACUGAUGCGUCUGUACAAGUUGAAGAAGCGUUACCGCGACGUGUUCGGCACCCUAGUGCUGCUGACGCCGCUGAUGUCGUCGGCCGGCUGCGUGAUGCUCGUCAUGUACUACUUCUUCGCUAUACUCGGCAUGGAACUGUUUGCGCCAUAUGACCUGAGGAACUGCUGUGUUAACACAACAGUAGAGGACUUCUACAAGUACUCGGGCAACAGCUCGUCGGCGCUGGGCUACUACUACCUCAACAACUUCGAGAACCUCGUGACGAGCGGCGUCACGCUGUUCGAGCUCACCGUCGUCAACAACUGGUUCAUACUGAUGAACGCAUACGCGUCUGUGGCUGGCCAGUUCACUAGGGUGUACUUUAUGGUGUUCUACCUGUUCACGAUGGUGGUGCUGACGAUCGUGGUGGCGAGCGUGCUGGAGGCCUUCCGCUUCCGCAUCCAGUACAAGCGCAGCACCAGCAAGAGAGACGAGGAGAAACUGCUUCACGAGGAGGUGCACACGAGCUGGGAGGAGGCGCAGCGCCUCGGCGCCGCCGGCGACCUCGCCGAGGACCUCCGACCCUUCCUGCAGCCUGGGAUGACGGUAACGUUCAUUGGAUCUCGGCCGAGGACUAAGGAAGUUCUACAGAGGAGGAUGUACCAGUCCGACAUACAGAAGUGGCUUUGUGAAGAAGACGAGAAUGAAGGUUUGCCGCCGUCAACCACGCUAACAUCAAGUGAGGACCCACUGGCGCCUCCACUCAUACAGCCAGAGACAACCAACCACCAGCCGAGACGAUACGAACUCUAGAACCAACCAUAGACACUGACCAAACAUAAUCUCAUAGACUAAUAGGACGGGUAUGUGAAAUGUGUAAACUUAAAAAUGCAACGGCAAAUGCGAUAUGUAAAUAUACUUACAUAAUUAUUAUAAACGGAGGAAAAACUGAGAUUACAAUGAAAUAAUAUUUAAAUAGUGUUGGUUUAACCAGGAGGAAUGCAUUCAUAACAUUACAUUACAUGUAUGAAUAAUUAUAAAAUUGACAAUCAAGCCAGAAAUAAUUGAAUGGGCAAAAAUAUUUCUUCCUAACUGGUUCAAUCAUGGAAGUAAUAAGUACUCACUUAUUACUUCCAUGGAUUAAAUAUAUCAACUGACAUACAAGCUAGGAACAAACAAUAAUUACAUCUAAUUACGAAGUGCUAUAAUUGAGAUGAGAUCUGUGAUACGAAGAUUAUCAUACCAUGAAGAAGUGGUUUUAACAGACUAAAGAAGUAUUAACAGAAUGGUAUUUAUAGUAACGAAAUUUCCUUGUUUGAUGAUACUUUAAUUAAUUAAGCAUAAUUAAUUUUCGUUACUUAACACGAGACCAAAGGAAGGUGAUUUUUUUGUAAUAAUCAGUAUGUUUAAGUAUUAUUUAUAUGAUUUAUUAACUUUAUAAGAAUGUUUACUAAUUUAUUGUUUAUUUAACUGACAAAUAUUUAUCUCGUUGAACCUAUUCAUACCUUAUUAAAUUAAAUUAUUUUAUUUCAUGCAGAUUUUAUAAGGGAAAGUUUGUGAAAGCGAGAUGUAACAUGAAUAUCAAAAGGGCUAGUGUAAAAUAUGUUGCUUAAAAUUAAAGGGAAUGCCUUCUUAAUUAUAAGUAGGUAGAAAAGAGACAUAAGAGUCCUAGUAAUACACACAUAUUCCCAAUUUAGCUAAGUAAUGUUUUAACAGUAGUAAAAAAAUAUAGAUCAAUAUGUUUUUUAGAUUAGUAACAUGAUGUGAUAAACUAAAUGUUACGGACCAUUUUAUGAAAUCGAAUUUUAUAGUUAACCCAAGUAUUUGUUUCUGCGAUCUUUACUCUAGUGUUGUGUUUGAAUGUUUAUUUUAGAAUGUUUUGCUCGUGAUCGUUUAAGAUUAUUUAUUAUUUGAUUUGAAAGCGUACUCGUAGGUUAUUAGGCAUAUUAUGAGUAGUAUAGUGAAGUGGGAGAUGAUUUUAACGGAAAUACAUAUACUUGUGUAUGUGUAAGAAUAAAACAAUCAUGAACCUAUUAUAGACUAGAUAGAUAAAUUUGGUUCGAAAGCAAAAUCAGUAGCAUAGAAAAUAGACUUUCGCUUUUAUAGGAACAAAAUUAGCGAAUUGCGGUGAAGUAUUUAUUUAGGUACUUAGUUCAUUAUGUACUAUGUAUAAAUUCAAAGAAAUUAAGCACAGUUGUCCGAUGGUCUUAUGAAAAACAGAUAAAUGCAUGAAAUAAAUAGAUUGAAGUAGGUUACAUAAACUUAAAUUAGGCUCCAUUUAGCUAAUCAACUAUAGGUAGGUCACAUCCGGUUUACUUUCCAUAUAAAUAGUAAUUUAUUGGUUUAUAAACCGAUAGGCAUAUGACCUAUUACUGACAAUACUAUCCGAUAUAGAUUAUGGGAUAAAACUCAAAUAUUUAUUUAUCAGACGGCGUCCACUGUGCCUUAAUUCAUAGCGCACUCGUUCCAAAUUCGCUUUUUACAAUAAAAGCUUUAUAAUACAUAAUUGGUUACCCAGCACGGUUUAACAAAAAGUUUAUUUUAUAAAUGAAAGCCUUUAUCAAUUUAUCACUUGACUGCUUUGUAGUAUUGUGCAAUUAGAAUAGUUUAGGUGAUGCAGGGUUCAUUAUGUAAGUAGCAUGAGCGGCCAGUGUAUAUUAUGCCUUAUUUCACCGGAAUAAAAUGUAUAAAUUUAAUAUCUUCAUACCAACACGUGGUUUACUUGUCUAAGACCAACAAACAAUGACAAGUCUUGCACGCUAUUUCAUGUUUAUGUUUCUAUAUCCAUCCGCUAGAGGUCACACUCCCUAAAUGUAUUACUUACAUUAUAUAUUUUUUGUAAAGUGUGAAAUUUACAUACCUAAUUGAUUUUUUUUAUCGUCUUCCCUGAGCUUUCAAGGCUGCUUUUGAAUAAUGUUGAGUUUAUGAAUUUUUUUCAUACCUGUAUUUAGAUGGCUGUCUGUUUAAGUUUAAGAAAUAACAGUAUUAAUAUGUCUAAUUAUCAUUAAUUCUUAUUUCCUUCACAUUGUUGACGAGCAAUUUCUUUCAUGUAUUCAUUUAUUUUAAAAUAAACUCACUUUUCAAUGAA